UCUCCUCAGUCCUCACCCACUCUCCCCUCUUCUUUCCUCUUUCUUCCCCCUUAAACCCACCCACACCAACGCAAUCCAGCAAGCCCCCACAUCAACGCCGCUCCGGCCGCGCGCGACGCCGCCCAACCCAAACCCUAGCGCGAUCCCGUCUCCCCCCGGCCACCGCGCCCUCCGCCGCACGCCAAUGCGCCGCCUCCGAACCCUAACUUACUCCCUCCGCUAGCACUCCCGCCCACCCGCCGCCGCCCCUUCCCCUUCGCUGGUGGAGAUGGCGGCCGACCCCGCCGUAGCGUCCGCCGUGGCGGCGAUCUCCGCCGUGAUGGACUGGCGCUCCUCCCCCGACGCCCGCUCCGCCGCCUUCGCGUACCUCGAAUCGGUUAAGACAGGAGAUGUCCGGGCAUUGGCGAACACAUCAUUUUUAUUGGUCCGAAAGGACCAGUCUUCAGAGGUCCGACUGCAUGGUUUCAAAAUGUUGCAGCACUUGGUGAGAUUGAGAUGGGAGGAACUCAGUGUUGCAGAACGAAAUGAAUUUGCUAAUUUGACUGUUAAUUUGAUACCUGAGGUUGUUGGUCCUCAUGAGGAGUGGGCUUUGAAGAGUCAAACGGCUGCAUUAGUAGCAGAGGUAGUUAGAAGGGAGGGAGUUGCUUUGUGGAAUACUUUACUCCCAUCUAUUGUUUCGUUGUCAAACAAUGGUCCUAUUGAGGCUGAGUUAGUUGCCAUGAUUCUGAGGUGGCUUCCAGAGGAUAUCACUGUUCACAAUGAGGAUUUAGAAGGUGAUAGACGUAGGGCAUUGUUACGUGGUCUUACUGAGUCGUUGCCACAAAUCCUGCCGCUGUUAUAUUCUCUACUUGAGAAACACUUUGUAGCUGCUUUGAGCGCGCACACGAAUCAGCAAAUGGAGUUGGCUAAACAACAUGUUGGGACAAUAACUGCUGUGCUGAAUGCUGCCAAUGCAUAUGCUGAAUGGGCUCCUGUGACAGAUCUCGCCAAAUAUGGUUUAAUUCAUGGAUGUGGAUCCUUGUUUUCUUACAGUGAUUUUCGUCUCCAUGCUUGUGAAUUCUUUAAAAUUAUAUGCCAGAGGAAACGGCCUUUGGAUGUCGCGAUUGUGGAGUAUGAUGCAGCAAUGAGCAACAUUUUCCAGUUGUUGAUGAACAUUGCACAAGAUUUUUUAGUGAGAUCCAAGAUGCAGCCCAACGUUAUUGAUGUUAAUGAAUACGAGUUUGCAAUGUGUAUUUGUGAGACAAUGGUUGCUCUCGGUUCUUCUAAUAUGCAGUGCAUACUAGCUGAUGUAGCAAGGACUUUGCACUUCCUACAACAGAUGCUGGAAUAUUAUCAACACUACAAGAUCACGCUUCAUUUCCAAUCUUUAUUAUUUUGGCUGGUGGUCUUGAGAGAACCAUCAAAAGCUAAGUCUGUUGCACGUGUUUCUAGUGACACCCCUGCUGCCGGUAAUUCUGCAUCUACUGGUGGUGGUUCAACUGAAAGGGAGAAGAAAGGGGUGUCAGUAUUAAUCACUGAUGAAAUGUACAGUACAAUUUUGGAUGUUACGUUCAAAAGAAUGCUUAAAAAAAGUACGAGUGCAUCUUCAGGGCUGUUAGAACUAUGGAGUGAAGAGCUAGAGGGGAAGAGUGACUUCUGCAACUACCGUGCCAAGCUGCUGGAUCUCAUAAAAGUCAUUGCAUCUCAAAGGCCUGGUAUUACAGCAACAAGCAUUGUACAGAGAAUAAACAUUGUAUUUGGAGAUGCUAAUGAAGCAACGAAAUCAUCCCAGGAUCUUGAUGCAAUGGAAGGUGCGCAGCUGGGGCUGGAAGCAGUUGUUAGUGCUAUAUUCGAUGGCUCAUCUGAUUAUUCAAAGAUUGACCAGGACACAAAAUUCCAAAUUCACAGGAUCUUUGAAGGCUUACUUCAGCAGCUUCUUUCUUUAAAGUGGUCACAACCAAAUCUUGCUGUUAUUCAUGGUCACUAUUUGGAUUCUUUGGGUCCUUUCUUGAGACAUUACCCAGAUGCAGUUGCCUGUAUUGUGAAUAAGCUUUUUGAAAUAUUAACAUCUCUCCCCAUCACAAUUCAGGACCCUUCAAAUAAUUUCCGUCAAGCUAGACUGCAGAUCUGCUCAUCAUUCAUUCGUAUAUCAAGAGCUGCUGAUAAAGCACUUCUGCCUCACAUGAAGAACAUUGCUGAUACAAUGGCUUAUCUUCAAGGAGAGGGUCGCUUACUACGUGCUGAGCAUAACCACCUCUGUGAAGCGUUUCUUGUCAUGGCAUCCUCUGCAGGGAUUCAACAGCAACAGGAAGUCCUGGCUUGGUUACUAGAACCUAUCAACAAAAUGUGGACGCAAGUGGAAUGGCAAAAUGCAUACUUGUCUGACCCAUCUGGCUUGACACACAUGUUUGCUGACAGCCAAUUUAUGUGGUCAAUUUAUCACAACAUCACAUUAUUUGAGAAGGCACUCAAGAGGGGUGGGUCCAAAAAAUCUGCAUCAGCUCCACAAGCACUGGCCACAACAGUGGUAACUGCUAAUCUGCAUCCAAUGUGUUCACAUCUACCAUGGAUUCUGCCCCCUCUGUUAAGGCUGUUGCGAUGCAUACAUAUGCUUUGGGCCGAGCCCUUUUCUCAGUCUCUGGCAGGAGAAGUCAAAGCGGCAAAAAGCAUGACUGUGGCGGAGCAGACCAGCCUUCUUGGGGAGACAAAUAAACUCACCAAAGGCCAGGUUGCAUCUGCUGAUGGAUUGUUGGAUGUUCAAAGGGAGGGAGAGUCUAAGGAAAACACCAUAAGGAACUGGUUACGCGGGAUCCGUGACAGUGGGUACAAUGUUAUAGGACUAUCGGCUAGUCUUGGGGAUCCAUUUUUCCGAUGCAUAGAGGGUUCCUCCAUCACUGCUGCUCUUAUGGAGAACGUGCAAGCUAUGGAAUUUCGGCAUUUGCGCCAACUUAUCCACCUUGUUAUUAUUCCUUUGGUUAAAUAUUGCCCUCCUGAACUGUGGCGGAUGUGGAUAUCGAACCUUUUACAGCCAUUAUUUGUCCAUUGUCAGCAAGCUCUUGAUUUCUCUUGGUCCAGUCUUCUUCGUGAGGGCCGGGCUAAGGUUCCUGAUAAUUUUGGUAAUCUUUCUGGGUCAGAUCUGAAGGUAGAGGUAAUGGAAGAGAAAUUGCUUAGAGACUUGACUCGUGAAGUAUGUUCCGUUCUUUGGGUUUUAGCAUCACCAGGCUUGAAUAGUGGUCUUCCAUCCUUAGAACAACUUGGACCUGCCAACCGGAUUAAUUCUUCUCUUAAGGAUCUGGAGUUGUUUGUUUCCAGCUCUAUCACUGGAUUUCUUAUGCUUAAUGUCUCCACUGCUGUUCCUGCAUUGAGGAUAACUGUUGAAGUGUUCAGUUGGACAGAUAGUGAAGCAGUCACAAAAAUUAUUCCUUUUUGUGGUGCAUUGAUUCACCUUGCUGUUGCAACAAAUCGGGCUGAGUUGAGUCAGUUUGUUGCGAAAGAUCUAUUUUCUUCCAUAUUACAUGGCUUAUCUGUUGAGUUGAAUUCCAUUACGAGUUCAGAACUUGUUGGACUUUGUCGAGAAAUAUAUAUCUAUCUCUCAGAUAGAGAUCCCGCACCUAGACAGGUUCUUCUGUCCCUCCCACACAUGAAGCAGGAAGAUUUGCUAGCCUUUGAUGAGUCUUUGAGCAAAACUGCAAGUCCAAAAGAUCAAAAGCUACUUAUGCGAAGCUUACUUUUGCUUGCUUCAGGGAACAAAUUGAGAGCUCUUGUUGGUCAAAAGGCUACUAAUGUUAUUACCAACGUUACAAGUGAGAACUGACUUGCAUUUCUUUUAUGCUCGAAACCGGAGCUCUGCUGCACGCCAUGGACUUAGUGCUGAGGAAGAUGACCACAUUGGAUUAGCUGCACUAUCAUCAUAGAACUGACCAGCUAAAGUUGUUUUCUGUACAGAAGGGUAAUGACCCUAUAGAUUGGUAAUGUGGUGGCAAAUUUAAAGGCGAAUAUCAUAUCCUUGCUGCAUUGUCAAAUAGGAACGUAUGCAUGGUUGAGUUUAUACACAAGGUGCCAUCAUGAGCAAAAGAGAAAAAAAACUUGAUUACAGCUUCUUUCCCCAUAACAUUGUAUAUGCCCUUGUGCAUAGCGCUUCUAUGCAGUAUGUGCAGAACAGUGGAAUGUACAUGUAUUACUGAUUUGCUCCUACCGACCACGUUUUGCCGUGGUUUAAAGAAGGAAUUGCCUCAAUUUAGAUUUGAUCCUUACCAAUCA